AUGGACAUCGUUGACGUAGCUCUUCAUAUUGAGCCCCUAUCGGAUGCGAUCAAGGACCUCAAAGAACAAUUCAAUCUGUUCACUAUGACCUUUAAUGCAAAACUGGACGCCCUGGUUGAUAUCCUUAAUCGUCAGUCCGAAAAUGUCAACAACAAACUCGAGCUACUAAUUGAAAGGACUAAGCCUAAAUCUAGCUGUCUAUUCUGUCCUGUGGAAGACAAUAAGGAUAAUCACCCAACCGGUAGAUGCUGUCGAUUCCCUGAUGCUGUGUCGCGGGCUGUGCAGGCUGCUAAUUUACGCCUCUGUAACAAGUGCCUGCAACCGCGUCAUUCAGACGACUGCGGAAUUCACUGUGUGUUCUGCCAAGGAGACCAUAAUGUAUUGCUCUGUCCCAGGAAAGCCCCUGCUGCGUCGACCUCAUUUAAAAGAAGAAAGUUCUGA